UAAUGCUCUCGGUUUCUCAAUUCCGCCUUUUUGCAGGCUUUUCGUAGGGUGACAAUGGUUGGGCAUAGAGUUGGGUUUUGGAAUUGGACGUGGGUCACCAGAUUAUUUGCAUUCAAUUUUGACGACAGGGGCUUCGAUUACCGAUGUUGUUUCUGUCAUUGUGCCAGGAUAUGAAUUGGGCAUGUCGUUUUCUUCGCCUUCGUGGGGUGGGGAUAGGUCGGAGGCUACGAGGAUUUACUGGGCGCCCUUCACCGUGGAGAAUAAGAAUACCUGAUGUGCGACGAACAAGGUUUCUUGUCAAUGCGUCCUGCCUUGCGACUGUCGCUUCGCGUGAGUUUCUGACUGUGAUUCUGGAGCAAUGGAAGAAUCGGGUGUGGAGGAUUCGGAAGCGUGACGCUCAUAAUGCAACUGUAGAACCUCAGAAAGUCGAGUAUACGAACCCCUGGCUGGCCAGCUCAGCCAGCAAAAGAUGGGGAGAGGUUUUCUUCCUCCUUUACAGCCCCUUUUGGAUUCUAAUAUUGCUGGGCGUCGUUGUCCCUCUCAAACUCUAUGAGAGUUUUCAGGAAGCGGAGUACCUGAUCCUGGGUCUUCUGACUGUUGCUCCCUGCUUUUUGGUACCUCUUAUCGUGGUGUGCAAGGAAGAUGCGGAAAGACCAUUUUACAAACGCUAUUGGUUCAAGGCAAAUGUGUGGAUCGCAAUCUUCGGCUUUGUCGGUAAUUACUUUUGGACUCACUACUUCUACACAGUACUGGGAGCCAUUUACACUUUUCCCUCGUACAAAAUCAAUCAUGUCCCAAUCACCACAUUCUUACUAACUCAGCCUUACUUCCUUCUGUACCAUGCCGUAUCAAAUAUGACCCUUCGAAGACUUGAGCAUGCCAUUAAAAACAUAUCAAACAGACAAACAAGGUGGCUGAUCCAAGCCGGUUGGGUCUUGCUGCUCUCUUACAUCACAGCUUUGACAGAAGCUCUCACCAUCUCUCACUUCCCUUACUACGAAAUGGUUGACCGACCCACGUUCUACAAAGUGGGAUCCCUGUUCUAUGCUAUCUACUUCAUCGUCAGCUUUCCAAUGUUCAAAAGGUUGGACGAAGAUCCAAGCGCACCUUGGACUUUGAGCCAAGUGGCAGUUGAUGCCCUGGGAGCGUCUAUGCUUGUGACUAUCAUUCUGGACUCCUGGCGUAUCACUGUUGGUCCAAUUGCUGACAUUCCAUGGGCUGCUUCACAGAACGAAUGCGUACAGUUUGGGCCACCGUGGUUGAGGCCUUCGUCCAACAUCAAGGGGGUGAAGGCCUCCUACAACUGGUCUCCAUCUGGUGUGACCCAGGAAUCUUAUGGGCAUUCCAGACUUCUUGAAAGAGCCUCUAAACAUACCGAGCUGUAGACACUCAUUUGUUACCCAGAAUAGAGUCACUUGACUGCAAUUCUUAAAGCAACUUCAAUAGGUGAAGAGUGUUUGUAUCAUCGUGUACUGGUUAGAUUGUCAAUGCUGUCCUCCAUACUUAGCAGCCUGAGCGACUACCAAAGGUUAGUCUGAUGAGGUUAGUCAGGUGAGGUAGACUGAUUCCUAGUCAUUACAUAAUCACUUCUUGAGAAGAUCAGUUAACUUUGCACAUUGUGAUUCUUGUUACUUGGUAACUUCUACUUGCUUAAACUGGCCCCGCUUCUUCAAUAGCCUCAA